UUGGCGAAAGUGACUAAUCUUGGCACAAUUUCACAUACCAGAAGUGUUCUUCAGUAGUUUUCAGUAGAAAAUCGCUUUUCCGUGGAUAUUACUCGUAGUUUACUUAUCGGUGGUGCCAAUGGCAUCCGAGUGCGCUGAUCGAGCAGAAUGUGCCGAUAUCCUUCACCAGUUAAUAACGACCAUCAAUGAACUUCGUGGGAGCAGCAACAUUCGCUUCAAAAGCGAAGAAUAUGGCCCAAGGGCAGUAAUUGCCGAUUCGAGUGCAGUACAGUUGGGCGCGGUCCCUCUGGAACGUCUAAAUCAGCUUCAUCAAAGUAUUCAGCGCAUUUUUACGCACAAAAUCAAGCUUUUCAAUGAUCAGGGUAUUCCGGACAUUUGGAAGGUCGUUGUAGGUUUGAAGUUUUCUAAUCCGGCUAUAUCGCUUGAUUUAAAUCGUACGGAACUAACCGUUCCCAAUGAAGAAAAAGGUCUGCUGUGGAUUUUCCAGUGCGUUCGUCAAUAUUGUCUAUCAGAGAACAUAAACUGGCUCAUCACUGAUAAGGAACACAUGAGAAACUGCUAUGAGUCAACUGCAUUUCUUUGUGAUGAUCGCUACGUAGAUGCUAUGAUGGUUUGUUUCAACGCACUCGAACGCGGUCAGCUUGCUUUAUUGUCUCAAAUCGAUCCCAAACUGUAUGCACGAGAUAAGGAAGACAGAAACACGAUCCGAACGAUCAUAAAGCGCUCAGAAUCACACCCGAAUCUCAUUAUGUUCAAAAACAAUAACAAACUAAGUACUCGAACCGCCAAACGCAGACAGACGGUUCACUACACCAUGACACCUAGAGGAAAGCAAAGUCCGCAUCGCCAGCGCAAAACGUCUCGAAGUUUGCCAAAUUUAGCUUUAAACGACAACGUUCAACAUAUGGUCAAGAAACAACCAUCAGAUAACGACUGUCCUGAUAGCAAUAUUCCACCUCCUGCGUUAGGAAAACGUGUGCCAAGUUUCAAUUACACGGAUAACAGUAUGCCAAAACCCGUCCCAUGUAUUUUACAUUGCGAAGAUAUCAAAAUAUACACUGAAGCGCCUAGCAGUAGUACUCAUCAGAAUAAAUCGCCUAAUAAGGUUGUGAGCACACCGCAGCACACUCGCUUAGAUCUGUUUAGUUUCGCCGCUUUGACCGAGAGCCCACGAAUACUAUUCAACGACUUUAUACCUCAAUGUGGUGAAAAAAUAAUCAAGGCAUCUGAUAGUAAAACUGUAGGAAGUGUCCUCAAUGAUUUACCAUCCCGUCCUAUUCCUGGCCAGAGUCUAACGUCAUUCCUCAAAACUGUCUAUUUUUCACGCACAAACACCGAACUAGAUCGAGAAAACGCUCAUUUCAGUUUGUCGGAAGCCCUCAUAGCAACCUUCGAACAACUGAAAUGGAAUGAAGGUGAAAAAUUAAUCACCAAUCGUCGCGAUAUGCUUAGGAAAAGGCAUUCGGCUUCAAAUUUCUGGUCAUCUUACCCGGGAUCGCCCCAAUUUUACGGAAAUGCUCAAAAAACAACUAAUGAAGGUGGUCCAUCGCGCAGUUUAAGUCCAUCGACUGCUUCCAAAGAAAGCACAUCAACUGCUGUUUCAUCUUUCUCUGACAGCGAUUGUAGUGUUGGAUUGAACAUAGCUUCUUCGUCAGGCCAAUUGGAAAAAGCACCAGUGACCAGCAUUUUUACAAACAGACUUUCACCAGACGAAGAUCUGGAAGCAAUUGAAGCGAGUGAAUGCGAGGAUAACAACGUUAAAUCUUAUUCUGCCGAAGGGGUGGCACUCAGUUUGUUGUCGAAGUUUAAUGAAAAACAAUUACCAAGCGCUUGUGAUUUGCUUUGGUUGGUAUCAGAGCAAGAUGCGCCACAACAAAUUUUGCCAAUUCCUUGCGAUGGACAGAUUGUUAAUCCAGACGACCAAAAUAGCCUAAACACUAUAAUUCGAGGAACACGUGAGUGGGCACCACCACGUCCGCAAGUUAUCUUCACUUAUAGCAGUCCUCUGCCAGACCGACGAGCGCAAAUGAUUAAACAAAACUAUCGAUGCGCCGGUUGCGGAAUGAAAGUCGCACCAAAUUAUUCGAGCCGUUUCCGUUAUUGCCAUUAUCUGGGGAAAUAUAACUGUUCAGCAUGCCAUAAGAAUCAAAUGUCAGCCAUACCGGCGAAAGUGAUUGAAAGGUGGGACUUCACGUGCCAUCCGGUAAGCAGUUUUGCUUAUCAUCUACUGAAUGACAUUGCCCCGUGCCCCUUAUAUCGACUUACUCAUCUUAAUCAAAAACUAUACGAAAAGGUACGAGUCUUACAAGUUGCUCGAGCGAUACGGAUGAACCUCAAAUAUAUUAGGGAUUUUAUUUUCAACUGUCGAUUUGCUGAAGAGGCUAAACUAUUGUUUCAAAAUGUUCCGGAUCAUUUGACUAAUGAUCUAGAUAGUUGGUCAAUGGUAGACUUUAUAUCCGUCCGUAACGGAUCUUUUCAAAAAGAAUAUGCUGAACUGAUAAGAUGUUGUGAAAGUCACAUUUUUGAAUGUGAGUUGUGUAUAGCACAUGGAUUUUUUUGCGAAAACUGUGAUCGAAAGGAAAUAAUUUUUCCUUGGCAAAAACGGAUCUUGAAAUGUAGCAAAUGUGGUUCUUGCUACCAUGAUUCAUGUCGACAAGACGAAUGCGUAAAAUGUAAAAGAUUAUCACGACGGUCUAGCAAAGCGUAGUUUUUUUCAACUCUGAAUAAGGUAUUAUUAAUUAGUUAGGGCAUACAAUAUUUGAAUUUAUUAUACAUGACAACUUAUUAAAAGUUUAUAGCAACAAUUUAACAUGGA